AUCUUUCUACAACCUCCGUAGAUCUGACUACACAGGAAAUAAGAGAUUCCACAUAUUUCCCAACUAAAAAAACCUUGGAAACCACUCACCCAGCAACUGAGAAAGAAAUAACACCUACUAUGAGAACUGUAGAAAUGUCCUAUAGAACUACAACAUCAUCUAAGACUACCCAUUCAAUAACCCAGAAGGAAGAAACGCCAGGCUUGGCAACCACUUCUCAAGAAGCUGUAGAAGAGUCGAAAACACCUGCUUCUACUUCUGUGAUUGAGCUUACUACAGCCUCCACAGACCUGUCUACGCAGCAAGUAAGAGAAAAAUCUCUGAGACUGGUGAAUGGAAAAGACAAGUGUAGUGGCCGCGUUGAGGUCUUUUACAAUGGAAGCUGGGGAACAAUUUGUGACGAUGGCUGGGACAUGAAUGACACACAGGUUGUGUGUAAGCAGCUUGCCUGUGGAGAGGCCCUUCAAGUCCUAACUGAUGCCUCAUUUGGGGAAGGAACUGGCAGCAUCUUCCUGGAUCAAGUCAAGUGCAAGGGGGACGAAUCCUCUCUUGAAGAAUGCGCGCAUAAACCUUGGGGCGUUCAUAACUGUCACCACAAGGAAGAUGCUGGAAAUUGGUAACGACAGCAAGCUCAUUGACUGUAAGGUUGAUGGAUGGAAAAAACAGAUGCCAGGGCCGCCUUGAAAUCUUUCACAAUGGGACCUGGGGAACAGUCUGUGAUGACGGUUGGGACUCACCAGAUGCAGAGGUUGUAUGUAGACAACUUGCCUGUGGAGGAGUUAUGGCAGCCACCAAUGAAGCCUAUUUUGGGGAAGGCACCGGCAACAUCCUCCUAGAAAAUGUUCAGUGCAAAGGGAAUGAAUCCUCUAUAGAAGAGUGCUCCCAUUCAGGCUGGGGAAUUCAUCGUUGUGGCCACAAGGAAGAUGCUGGUGUCAUUUGCUCAGAAACAGUUUCCCUUACAACAAAGAAUCCCAUUAUACUUACUCCCACAAAAAAUACACCAGAAGUGCCAGUUCGCGCACUAAGUACCCGGAAUCCAACUACUAAACCUGUUCCUGCAGUAACCAAACCAAAUCCAAUUACUCCAG